ACCAGAUGGCGGCAGAUACAGUUCAUAAGUGCGCAUGCUCCGUUGGUUUGUCAAACAUGGCGGCCUGUGGUCUGAGAGCUCUGUCCGCAGUGAAAGGGCUUCACCUUGUUUUGAGUCAGUGGCUCCUGAGGAACCAGAGCCAAGCAGCAUGUACGUGUUUGAGUCUGCAGGCUGCUCGUUGUCGACUGUUUCACAUCUCCCGUGUGGCCUCCUUAUGCAGCUUCAGGACAGAAUCAGAGCGGAAUAGAGAGGAUCAGCACGGCACAGACCAUGGCCGAGCCAGGCAGCUGGCUCCUGAGUACAUCCCCCAGAGAAAAGCCAAGAACCCCAUGAUUCCUAUUGGCUUUGCCUGGUUGAUAGGUUUGCCUUCAGGUAUUAUCGGCUUCUUUCUGAUGAAGAAACAAGUGGACAAGAACCGCCUGAAGCAGCUGAAGGUUCGACAGAAAACAAGACAAGCAAAUGAGGGAGAAUAUGAAGAAAGUCGAGCUCACCGUCAUGCAGAGACUGUUAAAUUGGACCAGUAACAUGGGUGUGUGGUAGUUCCGAUUUAUAACGAGUC